CCAGUCAGGUAGGACAGGUAACCAAGCUUGUACGGACGAUUCAAGCAGCAGGUGCGUGAGCAGGCAGGGCAAAAGUGAAAGAAAACAGGAGAAAAGAAUACGACAAAAACCUGGAAACUCUGACACUAAUGAAGGACUGUGUCAGAUAAAAACAACUAGCCAUGCUGGAGGACGACAAAGAUACUCAGGCUCCCAAGGCCAUUGUGGACGUGGAUGUUACGACAUUUACGACCAUCUCUCUGGCAGACGACUCAGCCGACAGUGGAUCUGCAGCCCUGUAUACUAAACAAGAGGACGAGCUUUUCAUCAUGAACUGCGACAUAGAUGGAGACCUGGAGAACCAGGCUGAGAUGGAGGAGAAGACGAGGCUGAUAAAUCAAGUUUUGGAGCUGCAGCACACACUGGAAGACCUGUCGGCCCGAGUCGAUGCAGUCAAGGAGGAGAACCUGAAACUGAAGUCAGAGAAUCAGGUCCUCGGUCAGUACAUCGAGAACCUCAUGUCGGCCUCCAGCGUCUUCCAGACCACCGACACCAAGAGCAAGCGGAAGUGAGGCGGUGUCCAACAGAAUGGAUUCCCAGGGACACAGAGAGGGGUUUGGAGAUUCCUGCAACCUUUUACCCGAGUCAGAACUAAACAAAUGUAAAUAUGAAAAUAGUGUUUGUAAAAUAGUUUUCUUUGGGUUUUAUUUUUGAACACACCUACAUCGGGACAUUUUGUUGUGCCCCAAUUAAACUUAAUGUUAAAAAAUGAGUUGAGCUUAAAAUAUGUUACCAUGAACCUUAUUAUCAGCGUUUUAUUUAAUUUAUUUUUGUAAAUUCUGUUGUUGAACAGCUGGAUCUGGUACUUCAGUUGGUCUUAUAUCAUAUGAUGCUCAAUUGUAUUCCUCCACUAUCAGCUGACCAGUGUUAUGCAGAAUGAAAAAUGUUUAAUAAGGGCAUGUAUAAGGGAUAACUUAAGUAUUAACAUAUCUAAAGAAAUGUCUUACAUUUAGCACUAAACCUGAUGAAGCUGAGGGAGUUUUAGUGAUGGUAGGUGGAUAAUAAAUCUGUAGAGCUCAGAGACAAUAAUAUAGUAAUAGUACAGAAAAGCGAAGAUGGCACCAUCAAUAAUGUUUGUAUAGCUACUAAAAUUGUUCAGUUUAAGUAUUCAGUCUAAACCAACAUAAAAGUCCUAAAUGCAGCCGAGAAGACAAACAUUAUUUUAGCCCAUUUGGUUCCUCUAAUGGUGAUGGAGGGGUGGAUAAAACAGGUCAAGUUACAUGAUGAUGAGGGAAGGAGGAGAUGCUUUCAGAGCAGCGGCAAGAACAGCUCUGAGUGGUAUCGAUCAGUUCAGUUUGGCCUGGAAUGGAUCGCCGGUCGUUAAAACUCAUUCAGUGCGCAGCGGCAGGUUUGUGGGAACGUAAAAUGUCAAAGUUCAGGUGGCGACGUGAGUACGUUUGCAGUGGUACGCUGUGUAUUUGAAGGUUAUUUUUAUACUCCGUUAUGUGUCAUGCUGGCAUGCUAAAUACAUCUUGCUGUUUUGUGUCCAAAAUUGUCUUUAAAUGUUUUGUGUUAAUAAAAGCUCCCAAUCACCACUUACCGGCACAGAAAUACUACAAUAAAACAAAACCUAUCCACAAGA